AGAGAGAGAGAGAGAGAGACACACACACACACACACAGAGGGAAGGCUAACCGAGUGGACCCAGCGAGCCGACACCUCCAGCGUCCGCAGGGAAGAGGACAGGAGGAGCGGGGGGAGGCUCAGCGAGUCAAGCCGCCCCCUCCCCAACCCCGAACCCGACCCCGACCACCUUUCCAAUGGCUCGACCCUCCGCCGCCUCGACCCCAGCGAUGCUGCCGGCGAGCGGCUUCGGCUUCGGCUUCCCACCGCAGAAUUUCGCCCGGGUGGUGGUCUGGGAAUGGCUGAACGAGCACGGCCGCUGGAGACCGUACAGCGCGGGCGUGUGUCACCACAUCGAGAACAUCGUCAAGUGCAAUGCCAGAGGGAGCGUGGUGCUGGGCCAGGCGGAGGCACAGCUCUCCCCUUAUAUCAUUGACCUGCAGUCCAUGCACCAGUUCCGGCAAGACACAGGAACCAUGCGUCCAGUACGAAGAAACUUUUACGAUCCCUCCUCUGCUCCAGGAAAAGGGAUAGUGUGGGAAUGGGAAAAUGACAGCUGCUCCUGGACUCCGUAUGACAUGGACAUUUGUAUAACCAUUCAGAAUGCGUAUGAGAAACAGCAUCCUUGGUUAGACCUGACUUCUCUAGGAUUCUGUUACAUUAUUGACUUCAACAGUAUGUGUCAGAUGAACAGACAGACCCAGAGGAAGCGCCGACUGCGCCGGCGUAUGGACCUGGCCUAUCCUCUGACGAUGGGUUCGAUCCCUAAAUCCCAAUCCUGGCCCGUUGGUGCCCAGUCGGGUCAGCCUUGCAGCUGCCAGCAGUGCGUCCUGGUGAACAGCACCAGGGCAGCCUCCAAUGCCAUCCUGGCAUCCCAGCGGCGGAAAGUUUAUUCUGCCACCAACGGGACUCUUACUGUGCGCCAGAGCAGCUCCUACAGUGGCGCCGCCUUGUGGUCGACGGCCAGCACAGCCGGGAGCACACCUCCAAAGUCGGAGCAGACCCGUUCUCCCACGACAACUCAACUGUCCCCGAUCUCCCAAAGCCAAAGCACCACCACAGCGACACCAAUACCAGGCCAGAACAACCUGAAUAGACCGGGUACCCAGAGGUCAGCAGUGGUCAGCACGAGGGCUUCGAUUCCUCCAGGUGUUCCUGCUCUCCCAGUGAAAAAUCUGAAUGGAUCUGGUCCUGUCCACCCAGCACUUGCAGGUAUGACUGGGAUUCUAAUGUGUGCAGCUGGUCUUCCAGUGUGUCUGACUCGGGCUCCCAAGCCGAUACUCCAUCCACCACCUGUUAACAAGAGUGAAAUAAAGCCAGUGCCGGGAAUAUCUGGUAUCUGCAGAAAAACUAAGAAGAAGCAUCUGAAAAAAGGAAAAUCCCCAGAGGACGUGGUGCGAAGGUAUAUGCAGAAGGUCAAGAAUCCGCCAGAUGAGGAUUGCACCAUCUGUAUGGAAAGGUUGGUCAGCUCAUCGGGCUACGAAGGUGUCAUGAGUCUGAAAGGAGUGAAACCGGAAUUGGUUGGAAAGCUCAGUAAAUGCAGUCACAUGUACCAUCUCCUGUGUCUUGUGGCCAUGUACAACAAUGGCAAUAAGGAUGGCAGCCUGCAGUGCCCAACUUGCAAGGCCAUUUAUGGGGAGAAAACUGGAACACAGCCACCCGGGAAGAUGGAGUAUCAUGUGAUCCCACACUCACUGCCUGGAUACCCAGAAUUCAAAACUAUUCGCAUUGUCUAUGACAUCCCAGCAGGACUACAAGGUGUUGAACAUCCCAAUCAAGGAAAGAAGUUCACAGCCAGAGGCUUUCCACGACACUGCUAUCUGCCUGAUAAUGAGAAAGGCCGGAAGAUUCUAAAGCUCUUGAUUGUGGCAUGGGAUCGCAGGUUGAUUUUCACCAUUGGAACAUCCAACACCACUGGAGAAACGGAUACUGUAGUAUGGAAUGAAAUCCAUCAUAAAACAGAGUUUGGAUCAAAUUUAACUGGACAUGGCUACCCAGAUCCUAACUAUUUGGAAAAUGUCCUUGCAGAGCUGUCUGCCCAAGGAGUCGUGGAAGACUGCAUAAAGGACUGAGAAGAGAACUUGAAGAACUAAUCAAUAAGAUUUUUGGACACAGAGUAUCUUACCCUGCAAAGUACAUUACUAGGGUUUAAAUAUGCUUUGCUUUACUGCCUUGACCACUACUUUGUUAAUGCCAGUUCAGGCUAGUUAAAACCAGACUGUGUUGGCCUGAUUCAGUUUACUGGUGGCAAAUUACAGUGAUAUACUGUGCAAGUUUGUGUCUGUUAUUCCUUAUGGAAAGACCUCCACAAUAUUAAUAAUUAGAGACAGUUAAAACAAGAGAAAGCGAGGGCUGUUGCGCCGACAGUUAAUUGCACUGGUCAUUCCUUUAAAUAAGAACAGAAAUGUUUUCCAUUUGAUUGAAUCAUACACAGUGCACCUUCUGCUAUAACGUAGCUAACUGUGCACAGAGGCAAAAAAAAAGCGUCUGUUUAGUUGUCGGAAUGCUGGCAUCAGUCAACAUGUCGCUUUCUAGAAAUCAUAAAGCCGUACGUGAAACAUGCAGCAUUUUCGUAAAUAACCUGUGUACAUCUCUCAGGGAUGUCAGUCUUUUUGCUUGAGUGUGUCUCUGUAAAUAAUGUACAGUGGACAGAAGAAAGCGGAAAGUAGCUUUGCACGUGAAAACUGUAUGGCUUAAAAAGUGCCCAUUUUAUCUUAUUUUACCAUACGGACAGCAAAAUCAUAGAGCAUUUUAAAACCAUUUUGACUAAGGUGGUUUAAAUUUAAAGACACUGCUUAUCAAGCGUUAUUCAGAAAUAAAUAAGGGCUUGUUCUGUGUUAAAAUCUGUCUCGUUACACCAUUAGUCCAGCUAACUAUUAGUGUCCUGGUAGCCCACGUUGCAUGUCAGUAACAAUUAAUACAUAUGUCCUCAGUCGAGGUUGUUUAUUUAAAGUUAACUUUUGUAACUUUAGAUGUUGCUAUACUUCGUAGCCAAGUAUGUCACAGUCUUAACUGCAUCAAUUACGUCUACUGUGUUUUGUAGACUAUUAUGUCAAUGAAAUUGGCAGUGAAUGUACCAGAGGCCGAGAUAUUUCCUUUUCAUUAAUGUGGAUUUUUCUGUUUUUAAUUUUAAAACAAUGACUCAAGUUCCACAUGCAACUCAGUAGGGGUGAUGGUGGUGUGGGGGCAGCGUGGAGUCCUGGGAUGUUGCUUUUAAGAGGAUAUCAAAAGACACAACAGCUAUACAAUCCAGCCCAACGGCAGACAUUGGAUAGUACUGGUGCCAAAUGCAGUCACUUGAUCAGAAAAUGGAUGCGUACUGACAUUUGGGAUGGAUUCUUCUGUCAGACCGAGGUAGUGUAGAGUGGAAUGUUACAGAGCUAUGAACAGUUUACAAAUGGCAAUAGCUAUGGAAGUGUUCAAUAUUAUUCUGAUACUGCUGUCAAAUCCAUUGUGUUCACAGUCAUUGCUGGUGAACGUAAUGUACACCAAAUGCUGUUUCUGCAAGUUACAUUCUCGUUGCUGGCUUGUUUGACAUUCAAAUAUGAAAUCUAUUGCCCAAAAAAAAAAUUGAAGGGAAAGUAAAUGAUCUUAGUAGAGGUUAUUGACAUUUCCAUUGAGGUUAAGAGUCACAGUAGCUCAAAGGUGAGUAACAUGUACUCAAUAGCCUAGGUGUUUUGAAGGAUGCUGGGUAAAAUGGCAAUCUCUCCUGAAUUAAGACAAUUUUUGAAAAAAAAUGACAAUUGCUUUGUUGUUAAAAAUGUGCAAGCAAAACAAAAACAUUUAAUUCCUAAAGUGAAAAGAGAUGUUGGAGAGUUUCUAGUAAGCACACUAAUCUUGAAACUAAAUGACAAGAGUUUUUUAUUAAUUUAAAUAGUUGCUCAAUAAUUUUCACCUGUAGGCAAAAGUGGAGCUGCUCAAUCUGUUCUCACAGCAAACCCCUUUCUGCUAGAGAAUGAUGUCCUCAUAUUCUAUUCUGAUGACACCAUUAUAAUCUUUGUCACACCCAAGAAGUGCCAUAGAAAUGCACUAAAAGACCAGCAAAUUCACUGCAUUUGAUUCUGCACACAUGUCUUAAACCAUAAAAACUGUUAACUGCAUGUAUGCUAAAUUUACCAGAGAAAUCAAUCUGGCAGCAUUAGAAUCAGCAGAGGUUGGUGCCAAUGGAACUACAAGCAAUAUUGCAUAUAACAGAUUUUGAAACAUUCACUUUUAUAUGGAAACAAAGACAUUAACAAAGCAAGUGUAAAUAGCAUAUUGAAUCCAGUGUAUUUUACAAAGUAGAAGGGCAAUACCCAUUAUAUAGACCUAGGCAGGUUCAAUUUAAAAGGUAUUAAAUUGAGCACGUAUACUCAAAGCAAUUCCAGUGGUAUUGGAAAGUACAAGAUAUUUUGGUUAACUCUGAUUUUGAAGGUUAAAUAUAAAUCACAGUUAUUUUAGAACCUUAAGUCUGAAGAUGUUAAGUUAGAAAGUAUGACAAAUGAUUUAUUUUGUUAUUAUAUUUACAUAACAAGUUGAAAUUGAAUCAGUGAUGAGGCCUAUUACAAAGUUGGCAAUAUCUCUUCUACUCAAGUGACCAAUGGGCCAUGAAUUUAAAUUCUCCUUUCUACUUUUAUGAAGAACAGCCAAUGAUUAGGCUAAAUAUAGAAAAUAUUUAUUAAAGGAUUAAAUUAAUUAAAAUUAGCCUUUAAAAUAAAAAGCAUAAAAAUAUAAGUCACCCAUGUAUUUUUUUUUAGAUUCAAACAAAGUAUAGGUAUAUUUGCCAAGCAAUUUAGCGAAUUUUAUUUCUGAUGAUAAGAAGUAAUACAUUUGUGAAGAGGGUCUUAUAAUUGUCAGCACUUUGUAAGCCUAAACAAGUUCCACAAGACAAAAAGCAUGCAUAAAGGUCCCAUCAUUUGCAGAGGAUUUAAUAACAUCCUAAAAUAUUAACAUUACUGUAUGGCUCUCUCACAAAUACCUCAAAUAUACAUUGACACUGAUGAGAAUUAAUCUGUUUGGUAUAUUAAAAGAGCAACCUUGUAAGAAUGCAGAGAAAAAGGGAAAAUGCUGAAAAUCAUCCAAUGUGUGCUAGUUUCUGUGGAGACUGAUGAAGAUCAUUGGUCCAGAAGGUAAAAUUUGUUUCUCUAUUCACAGAGACUGCUUGAUUUGCUGAGUACUUUCAGCAUUUACUGUUUCUUAGGUUUUCAGCAUCGUUAGUGCUUUGCUCUUGGUUUUUGUAAAGCGCAGAUUCCAGCUUUGUUGUCUUUGGCUAGUCGAUGUUGUUUUUCCCUGGGAAAGCAAGUUGUACUGGUCGUUGACACAUAACACUAAUUAAGAAAUUGGGGAAAGACGUAAUUUGCUCUCGAGUGAUGAAUUAUUCUUGUUACCUUCCCAAUUAGUACAGUGUCAUCAAUAUUCCACUGAACCUUUUGCCUGGAAGCUACUCACAAUUUGCCAGGAAUAACUUAGCAGUAAAACAGACAGAGCAGUAAGAUGGUAGGAAAUUGUAGUUGAUUUUCCAUUAGUGCAUUUUGUAAAACUCAUUAAUUUUCUCGUGUUACAUUUUAUUUGCCAUUUUCUCUACCAUUUUAGUCAGUGUUGUUUGACACAACUUGUUGCCACCUUGAAACUUUGCAGUGUAGAUUCCUUAAUUCCCUACCAUCCCCAUACGUUUGUGUUCAAAAUCAAGAUGAGUUACUAAAACAAAAACCAAAAGAAUUGCAGAUGCUAGAAAUCAGAAACAAAAACUUGCAACAGCUCAGCAGGUCAGGCAGCAUCAGUGGAGAGAAAUUAGAGUUAAUGUUUCGGGUCCAGUGACCCUUCCUCAGAACACAAAAAAUGAACUUAAGUAACCCUGAGAUAAACAGCAAUUCGUAAAAUUUCAGACAUAGCAUCAGUCUGCAGUAUUCAAUCAGCCAUGAUCAUAUUGAAUGUCAUGGGGAGCUCAAUGGCUUCUUCCUAUUCCAAUACUAGCAUCCAUUGGCCUAAUCUUAAACCAACGCACUGUGCAGAAAAGCCACAGGAUAUGGUGGAACAUUGUUGCUAAAUCAUUGUUGACUUCAAUAUAAAGUCAACCAAGUGUGAAAUGUGUUGAAUCGGACAUUGUCAGUUAACUAAAGGAUAGAUAGAUUUAAAAUUGCCGCUAUGUGACUGAGUAGGAUAAUGGUCAUGGAUCUAACAUUGAGUUCAACUUUAGUCACAAGUGUUUCAUUUUAGGAAAAAUGUUGUGAAAUAAAAGUUAAUUAUGUCGAAGGGAAAAUGAUAAAUCAAAGGUAGCUGGAAGGAAAGAAACAGAAAAUCAGGAUUGAAAUGUAGCCAUUCACUUCAAUUUUUACAUUUGUCACAUUAAAGUGAAAGACAAUAAACACAAACUUGGAAGCUUUUGCCUUUGGAACACGUUUUGUCAGAAGUUCCAGAUUUUUAAAUGGGGCCUAGUUUCUGGAGAAGGUCUUAGAUCUUCAGCCUUCUUUACAACUCCCACGUUUUUCGUUUUCUUGCGAGCAAACAAGAAAACCAACAGGACUCUUAACAGUCUGAUAUAGUGCCAUUGUAGCUAAGCAUAGAUACUGUCACAUUUAUUGCCUGCAUAUAUUUGCCUUACUUGGCAUAGCUAUCGUAAAUGGCAUUGGGAGUUCUAGGCUAUUUCAAUAACCAGGCAAGUGUUUCCUACAAAUCUGUUUGCUGCACAACCCUUAUAAGAAAGGGAGCUUCACUUUAAAGAUCCAGGCAGAAAUUACUGCGAUGAUUAUAGGUUACGUGACAUGGCUACUUUUUAAUCAACAGUACAAAAAUAUUCUCUAGAAAUGAAGAAAAGUAUGUCAAAAUUUAAAAUGGGAAUGAAUAGCAUAAAAUAAAGAUUUUAAUUCAACAUAAACUUACAAAGCCACUCGAUGUGGAUUCAAUGAAUCACAGCUUAUAUGAUUUAUUCAUCCAGAGAAAUCUGGUUGGAGCCCUUGAGCCAAAUGUAAAUGUUUUUACUGUUACUUUAAUAAAUUGAACUUUUUACUCAAUAUGUGAACAACAAUGUUAAAUAUCACACUUGUUUUGAUGCCAUUGAGACAUUUAUGAUAUAUUUCACACUUUGAAGGAAACAAUGCAUCCUAGGUUCUAAAUAAGAUAUCAAAUAUGAGUACCAUUACAAAAAGACAAGUUUAUUGAAGUGGGUUCAAAUAACUAGUCAAUAUAUCCAUGCAAUAUAUUUUUAAAUUAUGUUAAAAUGAAAGUGUUCCUUGAAGAAUAAUGGGUGCCCUAAGCAUAUUGCUGUGAGGUACAUUAAAAAUUUCACUGAAUUUGAAUGCCGAACAUCUAGAUUAACUUUAAACUCAGCCACUUCAGAUUUUGUGGAGAUAAACCCUAUCUGAUUCAUAUAUAACUCCAGAUUAUGUAAAGUGCUUCACAUUUGAAAAGAAUGAGACAUGUAAAUAUUUGUGUCCUGUUCUAGUUUUGAGGAGAGAUUGCCUUGGGGGAAAUGUGAUGUGUUGUGUUAUAUUUCAUGCAAUCUGCACAAUAUUGAUGUAGAUUUUGAUACUGCAAAAUGUGAUAUGGAUCACGGAUUCUUUCUUCCAUGACUAUGUCUUGUGUUGUUAUUUACUCACCAGCUCAUCUUGAAUUUAUGUAAUGAACUCAUACAAUAUGUAUAAACUAUUGGAUAGUAUUGGAUUUGCUUGUAACUGUUAGUUAUAAAUAAUGAAUAAACUUUAUUUGGAGGAUAAGAUUUUACAGUUGCCAGG